AAUUUUCACAGCAGCGAAACACACUUGACUCCUAAAACCUAGUUUCUAGUUUUAUGCAACGCUGGGGUCUUCUUAGAGAAAUUGGUUCAGUUUUAGGAAGUAUGUGAAGGCCACGUUUGCUUUGGUAAAACACAGACAUCUAAGAUGUUUGUUUUUAAUCUGUGAGUAAGGGGAAGAAAAAAUCAAGGACCCUAGUAAGCUCUUUCAGGAACAUAAUAUCUUCUGCUUAAGAUCAUAUAUUUUCUAUAAACUUAUGCUGCAGAACAAACAUAGUUCGUAUUAAGUAAUUAUGCACAAUUUUCAUUUUGAUGCUAUAUAUAUAUAAAGUACAACUGCAUGUAAAAUCUCAGAAUAAUAUUUUAUCAUUGUUUAUAAUACAGUGUGCAAUUAACUGAGUAAAUUGUAUUAUUAAUGUCUUUUUUAUUGUUGACUUGAUUUAAAAUGCAUAAAUUCUUUCUAAUAAUAUGGUUAGACUUCCCUAUUGUUUUGCCAGAGACAUAACUUUUGGCUGUGAAAAUUCUCUUUGCUUGCAGUAUCUGUUUCUCUUCCUAGGCUGACGUUGGUGAUCCAAGCCAAUUGUAAACAAGUGAUCUUAAACUCAAAGGGAUGCCACUGGAGUAACAAUAUGUUAACCUUACACUUUCUGUCUGUAUAUUUCUUAAAAUUUUGGUAGUUACUGGAAAGAGGGGACUGUAGAGUUUAACCCUAUUUAUUUCUGCAUAUUUUAAUAAAAUAGUUUUGUAAUACAUGAUUUUCAGUAAGCUACGUGGUUAAAUUGUGUUGUCUUUAUCUUAUAUUUUGUCUUAUUUUGUUAAUAACAUUUAACAAGCGAGUUAGAAUUUGCAUGUCUGCUUUAAUUAUUUUUUAAAAUUUUCAUUUUAAUCUCAAGUAUGACACUGAGCAUAUUUCUUAAUUGUAGUAAUUCAUAAUGCCUGAUUUUAAUAUAAUCCUAGAUAAGCAGCUAUUCUUAAACAAAGUAAUUGCUUCAUUGCUUCACUGAGUAGAGCUAUAACUUUAGCUUAUUUAAUUGCAGGUUUUUCUCUGGGAUAUGGAUAAAUACUCCAUGAUACGAAAACUUGAAGGACAUCACAAUGAUGUUGUAGCCUGUGAGUUUUCUCCUGAUGGAGCUUUACUGGCUACUGCAUCCUACGAUACUCGAGUCUAUGUCUGGGAUCCAUAUGUUGGAGUUAUUCUUAUGGAGUUUGGGCAUCUGUUUCCACCUCCUACUCCAAUAUUUGCUGGAGGUGCAAAUGACCGAUGGGUUAGAUCAGUAUCUUUUAGUCACGAUGGACUACAUAUUGCAAGCCUUGCUGAUGAUAAAAUGAUAAGGUUCUGGAGAAUUGAUGAAGAGUACCCUGUACAAGUUGCACCUCUGAACAACGGGCUCUGCUGUACCUUUUCUACUGAUGGCAGUGUUCUAGCUGCAGGGACGCAGGACGGCAGUGUGUACUUCUGGGCAACUCCAAGACAAGUCUCUAGUCUCCAGCAUUUGUGUCGCAUGGCAAUUCGAAGAGUGAUGCCCACAAGCCAAGUCAAGAACUUGCCUAUUCCAUCAAAAGUGGUGGAAUUUCUUUGUUACCAGAUUUGAGCAGAGAAAGUAAAAAUUACAUCAAACUGGCAGGUGGCCCGGCUGCUGAAACUGGCUGAACACUUUAAAGAAUCCUCAAACUUUACAGCCUUUAUGAUUAAAAUGCUACAGGUUUUCAAGAGCUAUUUAAAAGUGAUAUCCUAAAUAUUUUGUCCAAAUACCUGACAGCUAAAUUUUUAAUAUUUAUGGAAAACACAGUAGAAGUAUUCCUGAUGUUCUCAAUUUUCUAAAACGUAACUGUGAAAACAUGUACAUACAUAGACAUAAGCUGCUACGUGCUGUCAAUGUACCUUUAACAUUGCUUUUAUCAUUUUUGAUGUGUGUCAUGUAUAUAUUGCUUUGGUAGAGCCAUCAGAUGCAUCUGUGCUGUAAAGUGGAAGGAUAACUAUUAUUCUGGGACACUGAGUUAGAAAAAAUAUUGACAUAAGGAAGCUUAACUGCUCUGUAUGUAUGUACAUUGGUUGGAGUUCAGGAAACUGAUCCACAGAUACGAAUUCAUGUUAGUUUACUUGAUGGAAAGGUACAGCUUAGCUUUUUAGAACAACGUAUGGUGAAGGGAAGUAGGUUAAGGUAGUGAGGGAUGGAGCAUAUCUAAAGUCAGGAAUUUUGCCUGUGUCAGCUAAAGGAGGCCUUAUGUUCCAUGUCAACAAAACAGGUUCUAUUGAGGUAUUGGGCAGUAUUGAAGAAAUAUUUCCUUACAUUUCUAAAAACUACUGUAUUAUUGCCUGAUGCUUUGUCUGUAAUAAGAGAAGUUUACAGACUCAGUUUAUUAUUCUUUGACCCUAUAAUAUCUCUCUGGGGGUGAUUAUUGGUUAAUGGCCAAAGAUAAGCAUAGUACUUGUUUUUGCCUUCUGUUAUUUAUCUGUACCUGCAGAUAUAAAGAAUGUAUGCAUUGCAUAAAAUGCCUGAUUAUAUAUAUUUUUGUUGAAUUUUUUUUAUUAAAAGCUUGUAUAAAAAUA